CAUAUACAGAACCGUCUCCGCCCAACGGUCACUUUUCUCAUCCCUAAUCCCUCCCCUGCCUCGCUCCCCAUCUUCUCAUCUUCCUCAACCCUCACCAAAAUCGUUCCAUAUCUCCUGCAGCCUUCCAUCAACCGAUCAGAAAGAAAUGUUAGCCGAGCGCGUGAUUACCGUCGAGUAUCUGGACCCUUCCAUGUCACGAGAACUCCUCUGCAAAUUCCCCGACGACUCGGCGUUCGGCUUCGACUACUCUCAGAGCGCGAUCUGGUCGCCGCUGCUACCUCGAGCCCGGAAUAUGUCCUGCUCUAUAUGUCAGGAUAAGAUCUGCGGCGCUUCUCGGUUUUUUUCUCCGGUUGGGCUGAGAAGAGUGAAGGAAAAGAUGAUCAAGAAGAAGAAAAAGAAGAUGAUGAAGGUGAUGCAGGGGAGCUUUAAGAGAAGGCUGGACUAUUCUUCUAUUUCACCCCCAAAAAGAGGAUGGAAGAGGAUGUUCAGAGCAGCAGCAAAGCGAUUUAUGGCCCAACAUUUGUUUACUUUGCUGAGGAUCGUACCGAAUCAUGGAGACUGAAGUUUACAGACUCUGAAGUUAGAAUAGGAAUUCGGUUUCCUUUAAUUUUUGUACUGUUCUUAUGUUAUAUCUAGCAGAUUUUGCGUUUUACUUGUUUUUAGUUCUUUGUUCUUAUAUUAAGAAAGUUUCUGAAAGUUCAAGGAAAGAUCCACAUUG